AUGUUGUGCUGUACAACUAAAACAAAAAAGUAUGCAAUCUUAAUUUAUAAAUAUCUAUAUAAGAAUGGUAUUAUGUAUAGAAAAUAUAAUUUCUCCUCUUUCGAAAAGGAAUAUCAAGAGAUAGAGAAAGUGAAACAUAAAAUAGAAAACAAUAGAACACUAAAUUAUAAUCAUAAUAAUCUUAAUAAUAAUUAUCACAAUAAUGACCAUUCCUUUGAUAAAAAACUCUACACGAAUGAGGAACAAAAUGAGGAGGAAAAUAAUCUGACCAACGAAUUUUAUAAUAAAAUUAUAGAUGAAUAUAAACUUAAUAAGGAUGAAAAAUUAGAUAAGAAAAAAAAUAUAAAAAAAAUGAAAAGGAAAGAAUCUACUGAAAAUGUUGAGAAUAAGAUUAAGAAUGAUAUAAAUAUAAAAAAUGAAAAAUUCAUAAUAAGUUCAAAUAAUUUAACAAAUAAUAUUAUUAAGGAUGAAAGUAAUAUAUGUAAACCUAAUAAUAAUAAAGAAUGUAUUAAUAUAAAUGUAUCCUUGCAAACACAUAAUAUAAAUAAAAAUAACAAAUUAAUAAAAAAGGAUUGUAAUUCUAAUAUUAUUAAUUGCACAGAAGAUAAACAUAUAAACAAUAUGCUAAUAAAACAAACAAAUAAAAAUAACAAUGAUAAUUUAUUAACUCUAAAUGAAAAAAAAAAAAACGAUCAUUUUUAUAAAAUCUUUUUUUCUUCAAAAAAAGUUAAAAUAAUAAAAUCUCAAAACCAUCCAAUAUUUAUUCAUCUAUAUAAAUUAGCUAGUGACAGAAAUUAUAGACAAAAACAAGAAAAAGUCAUAUUAACAAACAAAAAAAUUAUAUUAGAAAGAGAAAAAAAUCAUAUUUCCAGAAUUUAUACAAAUAGUAUUAACAACUUGAAAGAUUUUCGUUCCUAUGAUAAUUUUAUUUUGUUAUCCAACAAAUUGUUAAAAAAAUUAUCUUUUCUUUAUUCAUUCAACAAUGGAGUAAUAGCUGAAAUCACACACAAAUUUUACUUUGAUAAUGUAGGGCUCCCCUUUUUAGCUCUCUGCUUUUAUAACAUCAAUUAUGAAUCUACAAAAAAGAAACAAAGCUGUCUCAAUCAUAUCAAUAAUAAUAUGCCUACAAUUAAAACAAAACUAAAUAUGGAUAUUACAAAUAACACAAAUACAUAUAAUAUUAAUGAUUCUUUUAAUUAUAAUUUGAUAGUAGAAAAUAACCUGAACAGGUCAGGUGAAAAAAAUUUCAACGAAAUGGAUGAAAUGGCUAGUUGUCAAAAAAUAAAAGAACAAUUAGAACAAGAUCAAAAUGAAAGUAAAAUAAGAAAUCACAAUGAAAGUAAAAUAAGAAAUCAAAAUGAAAGUAAAAUAAGAAAUCAAAAUGAAAGUCAAAAUGAAAGUCAAAGUCAAUGUCAAACUCAAAAUAAAAGUCAAACUCAAAUUCAAACUCAAAAUCAAAGUAACGCACAGAAUGAUGAUAAAAUAUAUGCAAAUGUCGAAAGAGAUAAAUUAAAAAAUUCCUAUAAUUGUGAUAAUACUAAAAAUAUUGAAUAUUUAUGCAAUGGAGACAUAGGUACUUUAAUUCGAAGUUGUUUUUUAUUAAAAUGGCAGUGUAUAUUUAAUAUUGAUAACUUAAAUAGGAAAAGGAAGAAUAAAAUAAAAUCGAGCUAUAAGAAUAUGGAUAUAAAUAAUAUAUAUGAGAUAGAUUUUUUUCAUCCUCUUACAAUACGUGCAUCAUCUGGUUAUUUAUUAGAUAUUCCUUUUAAAAAUACAGAUAUAAAUGAAAUAUAUAAAUAUUGUAAAGAAAAUAAAAUACUCAUGUUAAAAUAUAAGGAGGAUAGUGAUUUAUAUAUAAAUUAUAAAAACCUUUACACAGAAGAUGACAAUAAAUUUUUACAUUUACUAGAUAAAGCAAAAGGAGUUUUUCUUAUAAUGGAUAAUUGCAAUAAUAUAGAAAGAACAUAUAAUUUAAUUCAUAACAACUAUAUUAAUAUUAGUAAUAAUAUAAAUAGUGAUAAUAUUUUUGAUAACAUUUAUUAUGUUAAUUUAAAAAACGAUCAAACGAAACCCUUGGAUCUUAUAUCUACAUAUAGCAUUUUUAUGUAUAUUUUAAGAUCUCAUUUUUUUAAUCACAUUCCUCAGUCAUCAUAUGUUUAUGUUGAAUAA